AUGAGUUCAAUCCACCCGGUCCAAUCUAAUUUCUUAAUCCCAAAUAAACCAAACCAAACCAAAAAUCAGAAAUCAAAAACCGAAAUGAACAGUCUCGUCGUCUUCUUCGUUGGCCGAGUAACAGAAGUUAGUAAUCGAACUCGUAUAGAGGAAUCCGAUCUCGCAAUGGUUGGGAAUCAACGUCAUCACACUCCCCACAGACCCAGAUCGAAAACUCUAAUCUUCACGCUUCUCCUCUUCUCAAUCUCUCUACUCGUCAUCCUCUACACCUUCUCUUCCUCCUCCCGCCCUUCCAUCUCCAAUCCAAACAAAUCCGACCGAACAGAAACGUCCUUCGUCGCCUCCCUUGAGCAAUUCCUGAUCCACAAGGCCCCGAAGCUCUCAAUUAGAGACGACACUGUACAUGGCGAGAGCGAUGACGAUGAUCUUAAAAAACUCGAUGAGAAGGUGUUCGAAAGAGAGAAUCGAUUGUUGAUCGAAGACCCGGUUUAUCCAAUCGGGUUUCCGGUUAAGGUCUACGUGUACGAGAUGCCAAAGAAGUUCACUUUCGAUCUCCUCUGGCUGUUUCGCAAUACUUACAAAGAGACUUCGAACGCCACUUCUAACGGUAGCCCUGUCCAUCGCCUUAUCGAGCAGCACUCUGUUGAUUAUUGGCUAUGGGCUGAUCUGAUCUCUCCUGAAUCCGAGAGGCGUUUGAAGAGUGUGGUGAGGGUCCAUCAGCAGCAUGAAGCUGAUUUUUUCUAUGUUCCGUUUUUCACUACGAUCAGCUUCUUCUUGUUGGAGAAGCAGCAGUGCAAAGCAUUCUAUAGGGAAGCAUUGAAGUGGGUCACUGAUCAGCCUGCUUGGAAAAGAUCUGAGGGAAGGGAUCAUAUCUUUCCUAUUCAUCAUCCCUGGUCUUUUAAGACCGUUCGCAAAUUUGUGAAGAACGCAAUCUGGCUUUUACCUGAUAUGGACUCCACUGGGAACUGGUAUAAGCCUGGGCAAGUCUCACUUGAGAAAGACCUGAUUCUUCCUUAUGUACCCAAUGUUGAUAGAUGUGAUGACAAAUGCUUGUCAGAGAGUGCACCAAAGAGGACCACUCUUCUUUUUUUCCGAGGGCGGCUUAAGAGAAACGCUGGAGGUAAAAUACGUGCCAAGCUUGGUGCAGAGCUAAGUGGUGUUAAGGAUGUAAUCAUCACUGAGGGAACUUCCGGAGAAGGUGGAAAAUUAGCAGCUCAGGGCGGUAUGCGUAGAUCUUUAUUCUGUUUGUGUCCGGCUGGUGACACACCUUCCUCUGCAAGACUGUUUGAUGCCAUAGUCAGUGGAUGUAUACCUGUUAUAGUCAGUGACGAGUUGGAACUUCCUUUCGAAGGAAUACUUGAUUACAAGAAGGUGGCAGUGAUUGUUUCUUCUAGUGAUGCAAUACAACCAGGGUGGCUUGUCAAUCAUCUGAGAAGCUUUAUACCAUCCCAAGUCAAGAAAUUCCAGAGUAGCCUUGCUCAAUACUCGCGGCAUUUCGUAUAUUCGAGUCCAGCUCAGCCAUUAGGUCCAGAGGAUUUGACAUGGAGAAUGAUAGCAGGAAAGCUGGUGAACAUCAAGCUUCACACGAGGAGAUCACUACGGGUUGUGAAAGGAUCUAGGAGUAUUUGCAGAUGUGAUUGCUGGAGGCCUAACUCUACUACAGCCGCCAAUUCGUUGAGUCCUGUCUUGUCUUAAGAGCCAUCACCACACUUCACGUUUUCAGUCUUGGAAGUCCCCCCUGGAUAAUGUAGUAACAGUAGUAGACUCAUCAUGUACAAUUUCACCAGUUCUUACUAUUUCAUAUCCGACCCAGGAAAUAAUCUGGUCUAAGAUGGUGUGUAUUAUGGAUUCAUUUUGCGUAUAAGAUGAAUGUUUAU